AUGUCAACACGGACGCCUGAUCCAUCAUCCUCAAUCUCAACUCGUAAUCACCCACAACAACAGACACGAUACCAUCCUUAUUCGCUUAACUCCAACCUACUCGCCUAUCGCCGUACAGGUCCACCAUCAAUAGCUUCCACUGCGACCACCUCCUAUGCUCCUUCGAUUGCUUCGACAAGCACUGUUGUUCCGUCUCUGACCCUUCAAAGGCAAGAUAACCUGAGGAUCAAGGUCAAUACUAGCGUUGCACCUAGCUCACAUAUCUGGGAUGAAUUCUAUAAAGAACACGGUAGACCACUGCCGUCUAACGAAAGUGAUAAUGAAGAAGGAAGGUUGGUGGAGAAUGAAAUGGAAGAAUAUGAUGGUACAACGAACCGUCAACCCCCUUCAUCGUCCCAGCCAAUACCACCAAUGCCGCCAUCAGUGGAGUACAGUUUCAACGAAGAUACAACGAUAUCAGAGUUAUUAUCGAUGUUCGAAUUGCCCUCCGAAACUCAAAGUUCAAUUAACGGUGUCAAUAGUACACCAAGCCACCACCUGUCAACGACAACGGCGCUGGGUGACUACCCAGGUGCCGAAUUUCUCAAUUUACCUGAUACAGCGUCGACGCUGGAUGCUCAGUUCCCCAAUUUAGAUGGAUUCGAUUUCACUCAGUUCAAUUUUGGUAACCCCCUCAUACCCAGCACGACUACGGCUCAAUCUGGUGGGGAUGGUUUGCAGAACGGUGAUUUAGAAGAUGUUGCCACUCGACCUGUAUCUACGGAUAAUGAAGGGGCGCAAGAUAUUCAUGAAAUAGGUUUGAACAGCUCAAACUCAAUCAUGGAGCUGUCACCUUCCAAUGAAGAUACGUCAGUUGCUACAAAUCACCCUUCAUCAGUUCAAUCGGGUGAUAAUAGUGGUCAGGAUAUAUCUACUCAACCUUCUCACUUCUCCAUCAAAAAUCAAGCCACGACUUUGUCUGCCUCUGUACCCCUUCAUACAGACGUUUUAUCUUCUAUUGUCGGUCAGCUAUCACCUAUACCCAAUGAAGAGAACAAUACGAAGAAAUCACUCUUACAUCUUUCGAAUAAAUGUACCCCUUUCAUCAUCGAUUCUUCAUGUCCCUCUUCUGUUACCCCUUCGACGACUAAUUACCCGUACCCGCACCUGAGAAGAAUGAAGAUGAAAGCUUUGUCGACUGAUAAAGAUGUGAUUCGAUUUCAAAAAGAAGUAUUGAAUGUAGCGGCAAAGUUCUAUACGGAUUUAGCAGAUGUUUUCGAAAAUACUCCGAGUGAUAUCAUUAGACUUGGGAUGUCACGUACGGGCGUUUUGGUUGAGGAUGAUACAAUCUCGGACGUAUUGGAAGACAUCAAAUCGUUGUGUGGCAGAUUGACUGCCAAAGCAUCCGAUAUUCCUGGUUAUCCAGCUGAUGAGGAGGAGGAUAUCAGCAUGAGUGGCGAAGAGAUUCAAGAAGAAAUACCGCCACCGACUGUACUCGUUCCUCCAACCGCCCAUCUAUCUGCACAGAGAGGUUCGAUCAGCGAACCUAUAGAUUUAACAGCUUCUACCCCCAGGUCAGAAGGUGUGACACCCGCUGCUCUACCGAAUAUACCACUACCUGUUCCACCCGUUGGAACCAGUCAGCAUCCUUUGUCUCAGGCCACUCGGGCCAGGACCGACGAAGUUUCCACACCAAGAUCCUCCCCUCCAGGUCCUGGACUUGGGAGUAGACAUUUACAUGAUCCUUUUACCCCUGAAUCACUCGGUGCAGGACCUGCAAGCGUGCUACCUACAGCCAGCACCUCUCCUCUAUGUCCCGGCUCGACCCCAUCUCUACCUUCCUACGCAUACACACCAGCUGCGCACUCCCUACCUGCUCAAACGCCUCUAGCAAGGAUGUUAUUGGAUCUGCCCCCAUUACCCAAUCCUACUAAUAGGGUGAUACAUGGACCAUGGAAGCCUUCUGAGGUGGAACGAUUGAGAACAUUGGUGGCGUUCUCGCGGGAUGUGGAAGAUAAUGCUCCAAUCGAUCAUACCGAUUGGUCGUGGGUAGUAGAUAAUUUUGGAGGGACGAGGAAUAGGCAUCAGGUGUUGAUCAAGGCUGUUGAGCUGGGUCUGAGGGAAACAUCGACCCACCACAGUCGACGGGUCAAGCAAAAAGGAUAUCGAGAUGCUAUAGCGGCUAUGGAGACAGAGUUGACAGCCACCACCUCGAAACCACUUCAAAGUCCUAUACCACCUCUGCUACCUUCUGCUCAAAUCACCCCUCGCCCUCCACGAUUAGGUGCCACGCCCCGAAGGCAUAGUGAUGUCGUCAAUCAAACCAUAUCAGUUGAUGGAGAUGCAGGUAAAUUAGUGAAAACCCCUUUGAUGUUAGGUGAGAGCGGUAGAAGGGAAAGCGAUACGAGUGUGUUUUUUGAGCCAUCUGACACGGCCAAAACACCUCCACGAGACUCAUCACUCCCUCGGCCAGGAACGAGAAAGCCAUUACCCCGAGCUUUGGACUUGUCCUUUUCACCUUCAAAAGAACGAGAGAGAGAAUCAUCAAUGUCCUCCAUUCGUCCAGACACUUCACCGAUCCGCCCCGGUUCAGGCACUGGUCCUGGUUUCUCUCCAUACACGCCCAGAUCAAGGAUAAACACCAUGGCUUUCAAACCUUAUUCUCAUCCUUCCUCCGCUCCUCCAAGACCCACUGGACAUGGGAAUGGACACGGGCAUGGGAGGACGUUGAGUGGAUGGAGGUUAGUGAACAUGGCUGGAAGCAAUGAUGGGAGAGCCAGUGUGAUUAGUCCGACGUUUGGUGGGUUCGCGUUAACGGGAUAUCAGCUUGCACCAACACCUUCGUUUGGGAAUUUAGAGAGGAGGGCUGAAGCCGAUGAAUCUACAGGGAAGGAGAAGUGA